AUGUGUGGUAGCAAAUGCCAAUUGACUUUGUCUACUUUAACAACUUUGCACAAAAGUGUUUUAUGUUAUUCUAUUCCCUUCCAACAUUGGAUGCAUAAUUUUCAUAUCGCAUGUCGUUAUUAUUGGUUUUUUAUUCACUCGCUCUCGCCUCAUCACGUUGCAGCAUUAAAAUUAUGUGCAUUUUCAACAAAUUGCUUUCAACUAUUGUAUCAAGCCGUGCUAGAACAAGCAUUAAAGUUGUGA